UUACAUUGUUUAUAAAAAAAAUUGGAAUAAAAAUUUAACAAAUGGCGUUUGAUAAAACAAUAGCCGCUUUGUUUUCAAAAAAGAAAACUCGAAAGAGAAAGAAGAAUAACUCAAGACCUUCUUCUCGUGUGUCUGCGACAUACAGUUUAGAAGAUCGAUCAAGUGCUUCAAACUGCAGCGACAUAUCAAGAGAUGAUAUUGAAGCAACUCCAGUGGAAAUCGUGGAUGAUAAUGCAUCGCAAGCAGACUCCGCUACUGAUGUAAGCGAAGAUAACUCUGUUUACGCCUUUUCAGAAGACUCGCAAGUCUUAGUUCGAAACAGGCUGGUCCGGAAUGUUGAUUAUGUCGAGGAGCAAGAGCUAGAUGCAGAAAAUGAGUUGAUUAAUGAUGGUGAUAACCAUAAUGUUGUCAAAAGUGAAGAUGACAAUGACAGUGACUGCGAAAAUGAUGAUGUCUCGGUGACCCAAUUAUAUAUGGGUUCUUCCAGAGAUUUCUUCGGUCCCAACGCAACGCAUGUGGAUGAGUGCAACACUAGUGAAGGAAAAAAUAAGAAUGCCGCCUCGUUGGUGAUGAAGAAAUCUUCAUUGAUGUCAAAAUUAAAGAAGAAGAUUAAAAAACUCAGUAAUGAAGAAAGAGUGAAACAAAAGAAGGACAAAGGUUGGGUCCAGAGGGAAAUGGGAGAGACUGAGAAGAUUAGAAAGGAAAGAAGAGCUGUGUUGAAGCGUUUGAAUAAAAGAGAUAUAGAAGAGCGAAAGGAAGAAGAAAGACUAAGAAAGCUGAACAGAUCAUCGUGCAGUCGUAAUCAAGUUUCAUCUACUCAUUCUGCUUCGCCGACUAUUCGAGAAGUUUAUAGUCCAGUGAAGAUUUUCUCCAUUCCACGAUGGAGACCACGUCGCGUUUCACCUCUCAUUGGCGUUGUCCAAUCUAUGAUCACAGAGGAGGAGUGCCAAGGACUUCUAUCAGAACAAUGCUUUCCGCCACGACCAAAACCAGAACCAAAAUGGGUGCCACCGAAGAGAACGCCUCAGCCGACUCCCACGCCUCCACCGACACCACCACCAAGAUCUCCCGGUUUACCAUCCAGUUUGACAUCAUCUUGGAUUGAUUUUGAUGCAUUAAGACCUGAUACAAGAUCAAGAGGGCUAAAGGCCGCUAGUAAACGGAGGCUCUAUGGCUUUGACAUCUACGGAAAUCCUCUUUGGGUAGACCCACUUCCUGAAGGUAUUGAAUAUUGCUACGUUAAAGACGGGAUCGAUGGUCCUGAAAUUAUACGCAGACUUUCACAAUACCGCGCAGAUUGUGAUUACAGAGCUCGAUUGGAAGAAAAAAAGGCAAGAGCAGAAGAGAAUCCUCCUGAGAAUCCGGAUGAUCUUAUUGAAUAUAAUCGGGAGACUGCUGAAGGGUAUAUGCGGGAUGCAUGUGAAGCCAGAAAUAAAGAAGAAUACGAAGAAGAUAAGAAAAGAAAAAAUAUGGAAUUUAGGAUAAGAAGAAGAAUUGCAGAAGGAAGUUACCCCAAUGCAUCUGUAAAAGAAGAAGACCUACCGAGCUUAUUGAGGUAUGUUUGGAAAGGUAAAUUGAAAAAGGUGGAAAAUUAUUUAGCUGACAAACGCAAUCACGACGUAAUCAAUAAACGAGAUCAUAGAGGAAGGUAAGCACAAGUUUUCA